AUGAGAAGCACCCUUAUCACUUCUAGAAAUACUGAGGCUCAACCUAAACCUUCUACAGUUCAAGAGGCUUUAGCUAGUGAAGCUUGGCAAGAAGCUAUGCAAAGUGAGUAUGACGCUCUUGUCAAGAACAAUACUUGGACAUUAGUGCCUAAGAGUUUUGAUAUGAACAUUGUUGGAAACACGUGGGUUUUUAGAGUUAAAUUUCAUGCUGAUAGGACCUUGCAAAAGUACAAGGCUAGGCUAGUUGCAAAAGGUUUUCAACAAACACCUGACUUGGAUUUCUUUGAAACUUUCAGCCCAGUUAUCAAACCUUCAACCAUUAGAAUUGUACUUACUUUAGCAGUCACCCAUAAUUGGGACAUAUAA